AUGACACAUAUUGACUUUCUCAGUAGCGACGAUCGUGUUUGUGAUGAAGAAUCAAUGUCACUUCCACAACAUAGAUGUCUUUGGGAAAACUGUUACCGGCAGUUUGAAAACAAAGGAGAUUUGAGAAAGCACGUUCGACAUCACAGUGGAGAGAAGUAUUGUGCGUGUCCUUUUUGCGGUCGCUUCUUCUCAAGACCUGAUAAACUCUAUGAACAUCUUCGCAAACGGGCGCCGAUCCCACAGGGCAAAGAAAACCAGCACCUCGCUUUGGCGAUGAAGCGGGCUUCAUCUGUGAACCACGUGCGGCGUCACAUCAACGGAAGACAGUGCCCUACUUGUGGAUUAGCUGUUCAGUUGCCGUCUGACUUGCACCGGCAUAUAUUGGUGAAGCACACAGAAAGGAUAAAGACGCUGACUUGUCCCGAAUGCGACAAAAGCUUCUAUUGUGCUACGGAUCUGAUACGACACAGUGCUGUGCAUGGCCCGCCUAAGGAGGUGUGCAAGGUUUGUGGCGAGCAUUUUCGAUGGAAGAAGCAGUUGGAUAGGCAUAUGACAUCCCAUUCAGCGACUGCAAUGAAACAGCCAUAUCUUUGCCAUAUAUGUGAUUGUACAUAUGCUACCGGACAUGGACUUACACGCCAUCUGUCUCGGAAGCAUGAAUGUCCAAUUCCUGAAGGGUUCAGCAGGUUC